AUGGGAGUUACUGGACUAUGGCCGCUUCUAGAUUCUACUGGAAAACCGGUCGAUUUAUCUAAACUGGAAGGCAAACGACUUGUGGUUGGUGGGUAAUAUUAUAUUGUUUUCAAACAACUACCUCUUUUGAAAAAUGAGCUAAAAUCAAUUUUUUUAGCUUAUGGAAGACUUAAAUAUGUAUAAUGUUUUAGUGAUGAUGCUAAAUUUUAGAUAUAUCCUUAUGGCUAUGUCAAGCGGAAUCCGGUUAUGCAGCGCAUGGUUUAAAUUCGAAGUCACCUCAUUUGAGUCUUUUACUUCAUCGAAUCUCUAAAUUACUGUAUUACAAAGUCAGACCUAUCUUUGUGUUUGAUGGAAGUGAUGUUCCUUCUUUUAAACGACAGUUAUUGGUAUGUUACUAUGUUUUACGUUGAAAAAAGGAUUUUCAUUUUUUAUUGGAAGUGAGGCUAGCUAAUAAUUUUGUUAUUUUUAGCGAGACCGUGCCUUAAAACGUCAUUUGGACGAAAUUCAAUUGAACAAACGUCAAAAGCAGUUAUUGAUAAAACUGGCACAGUCCAAUUUGGACAAAAGUCAAUCGCCAGAGAAGAAAAACUGGUCGAAACGGAGGUCGUGUCAAAAUUCACAAAAUCCAACAAUUCAUCGGAUCUUUUCGAGCUUCCCGAAGCUUCGACCAGUCGACAAGACGAGAAACCAGAAUCAGAUGUUGAGGACGAUCUUCCAGGCGAUUACAUGGCAGGAUACGAGAAGUUGGUUACUGAAGACGAGAGAAUCUCAUUCUUGCUUGAGGCAAAGGAGAGAGCAAGGACUGAUAGGCUUCGGGCGGACCAGAUUCCAACGGAUUUCGACGAAUUUUCGAAAUUUCAGUUAGAACGAUUGGUGAACAGAAAUGCUAUCACUGUGGAAUUGGAUAAGGUAAGGCAUUUUGAAAAGAUAAAAUUUUUUUUUCGCUUGAAAAGCUUAAUUUAUAACAAAAAAAUUUUAAAAAUAUAAAAUUUGCAGAUAAAAUCAGAAAAAGCUAAAGAAUUCACUCGGAUUGUGGCACAAGGUAAUGAAACAGUCGUAGUAGGGCCGUAUUACGAAGCCCACGUACUCAGAAAAGGGGAAUCAGAUGAUAAAACCAAUAUCAAAGCGGAUUCAGACGCCAAGAAACAGAAUUGGGACAAGUUUUUGAACAAAAUGAAAAAUGAGUACGAUGAAGAAGAGGACGAUUGUGGCACGGGAGGCUUUAAUUACAUGAAGUUGCUGAAGAGAUUUGCUAAACGGGAGGAAGAGUUUGAUGGUGAUGAAGAAGAGGAUGUGGAAUAUAAAGAAGAGAAUGAAAUGGAUGUGAAUGAAGGUGAAGGAGGUGAAAAUGAUGAUGCAGGUGAUAAGAAAUCAAAGGAAAAAGGUGAGGAAUCUCAAAAUGAAAUCUAUCUUACUUCUAUCGUUACCCUUACCUCUUAUUUUCUAUUUAUAAUUGUAUUACUUUAUCUAUACCUUUACUUAGGUUAAUAUUUUUAGUAAAAACACCGUUAGAAGAAAUGGAAGCAGAAACUGUAACGGUAUUCACGCCGGAAAACUCAAUGGACGUUGACGAUGUUUCCGAAUCCACAUCAGAUUCAGACACGGAUUUCAUUGAUGUAAUUGAUCUACCAGAACCAAAAAAGGCACCAGUAGCUAGUACCAGUUUUGGAGGUCUUUUAAGCCGAGUUAACGAAGCUAAUCCUACUAAAAAUUCAGUCGAAAAAAGGAAAGUUACUCAGAAAUUUGAUGGGACAAGGAAAAUUGGGGGUCUUGAGGAUGGUUUUGGUAAGCGAGAAGGUGGUACAACUUCUGGUGGUGCUAAGAAAGAUGGUGCUAAGAAUCAUUGUACAGAUGAUAGAAAAGGUUCUGCAAGUCGCAAACAGAAAACCUCUGAUGGCGACAUUAUUCUUGAUGAAGAUAACAAAGAACAUCGUGCAAUGACUCCAGAAUUUGAAUCCAGAGAUGUUUUGAAGAGAAAAUUGGACGAUGAUGAUGAUUGGGCACCAGAAGAUGUACUUAACAGCGAACUGGGCAUGGAGCGGCCGAAAUUAGUCGAUUUGGUUGAUUCUGAAGGACGAAUCGAUAGUGGGGUUUAUAAGGAUUGUCAGGUAGGUAUUUUAUUUUAUUUUACAUUGCAAAUUAGAACUUUUUAAAUUUUUUGUGCGACACCAAGAUUCAUUUCGAAUUUAUUGAAAUUUUUUGAAAAUUCGGUUUUAAAAAAGCAUUUUCAGCUUCUACUCACUUACCUUGGCCUCCCCUACAUCGUAGCCCCAUCAGAAGCCGAAGCUCAAUGUGUAUGUCUGGAGAGGUUGGGCUUAUGCGAUGGAAUUGUAACGGAAGAUUCUGAUGUGUGGUUAUUUGGCGGUGAGACGGUUUUUAAAAACAUGUUUGGAAGAAAAGAUGCUAUGGAGUACAGUGCUAGCAAGAUCUUUGAUGAGUACGGUAAGGCAACAACAAAUGUGUGAAAAAGUACAAAAUUGGUGGGGAAUUCGAAAUUUCAAUUUUUUUAAAUUUGUUGUUUUAGUUUUAUUGAAAACUUGUUAUUUUAGGUAUAAGCCGGGCCGAGUUCAUAGCAAUCGGAAUGCUGGCUGGAGGUGAUUAUACCAAAGGCUUUGACGGAGUUGGUGCUGUGACAGCGUUGGAACUUUGUGCCGAAUUUGAUGCAAAUUCGAAAAAAGACGACUUUUACGAACAGGUAAUUAUGGCAUUUUGAAAAAUUUUAAUGAAUUUUCAAAGUGGAUUUUUUAACGCUUUUAGGUAUGAAAGUGCCAUUUUUUGAUAAAUCUAGCUGAGAGUUCAUAAUAUAUGAAGAAUAUUGGAGAUAUUGCUUGUAUGAAUAUUCUGUAAUUAAACUCAAUUUAGGGGCUAGAACGAUUGAAAAAGAUUGGCCAAUGGUUGAAAGCAAAGAGACAAUUUGAAUUCGAACAUCCAGGAGAGCUCUUUAAAGAAAAAACAACUAAAAUACGACUGAGGAGGGUCAUCGAGAACAAUAAUGACGCUGAAAAGUUGAACGAGGUAUUGUAGUUGUUCUUCAUAGAGAACCGCCUCUUUUAAAAUAUUGUACUAAUUUCUAAACCUAGAUUUAAGACUGCCUACCUCUCCCUAUUCAUUUAGAUCGUAGCGAAGCUUCACAAUGUCACUAGGACUAUACAUAACACUUUCUAAUUUUAGUUCCCAAGCGUACCAGUCUACGAAGCCUACGUCCGUCCCAAUGUAGACUCGAAUCCAUCGCCGUUCAAAUGGACUCCAAUCGAUUUCGACUCUCUUCAUACAUUAAUUUGGACAAAGCUGGGAUGGUCAGAGUCGGAAGUCAAGAAACGUACUCAUUCAGCGUUGGAAAUGUGGCAAACCUUUGUGUCACAACGAAUCCAACAUUAUCAGCUUCGAAUGGAUUCGUUUUUGAGAAAACCGAAUCAAAAUCUGUUCAAUGAUCGCCCCAUGGCCAACACGGCUAGAGUUCAAAAGGCAUUGGAUCGGUUGAGAGGGAAGAAACGCAGGAGUAAAGGUAAGAACAGGGUUACUGUGCUUGUUUAGAAACUAAAAUACAGUAAUUUUGACAAUUUUUAAGUUUAAUAAGGGUUAUCAAAAACAGUUGUUAUGAUAUUACAUUAAAAAACUGUCCGAAAAACAAAGUUUCUAAAGUAAUAACAUAAAAACGUUUUUGAAAAGUACAGUACGAUGGGUAGUAGAGUGGAAAUGAAAAUAGAUAAAUACGACGUAAACGUAGAGGCACGGUCAAAACCCAUAAGUCUACCUAUCUUAAAUCAUAUAAAGGUGGAGAUAUGAGCUUUUACUGCACCCGCGGUACGAUAGGAUUGUAGCACACAUAAUAAUUUUGUAGGAAAAUAUUGUUGUAGAUUCAAUAAGUUAACAUAUAGUAGAGAAUGUAGAAUUAGAAUCACUACUAUAGCUAUGUAGAAUACUAUAGAAAGCUUUGGAAUACUGUAGAAAGCUUUGGAAUACUGUAGAAAGCUUUGGAAUACUGUAGAAAGCUUUGGAAUACUGUAGAAAGCUUUAGGAUAGUGUAGUAGAGAAAAAUAUUUUAGUAGGAUAGCUUCAAUCUAUUUUCAUCGUCACUUGAGAAGAAACCCGGUGAUUAGUUAAAAACACAAUCACUGGGCCCCCCUCAAGUAAAGAUAAGAAUAGAAAUUGAAGCAGUUGAUAUAGAAUAUAACAUAGCGAAUAUAGUACACAGGUAGAAAUAGUAAACACAAAAUACAGUAAUCCAUUAUAGUAAAAUGUGCAAUAAAGGGCUAGUACAAUAACCAAUCUGUUACCUGAAAAAAAUGUCAGGGAAUUUGCUCAAAAGUACAAUUCCUUGCAUUGUCUCAGUAACUGAGUUAGGUUAAUAUAGAAGUAGUCAUAAAGUACAAUGUAAAACUCAUAAAUUUAAAACAAAAUAUGUAAAAAUGGCCGUGAAAAGGUAACAAAUUUUAAAAAUUAUCCGAAAAAGGUUGGAAAAACGGCCAAGAAUUACUUUGACAAGCGGCACAACAGUUAAAAGCUUUCUGGACAAAACAAAAACAGUCAAGAAAUUUCUAUAAAAAAGAUAAAAAAACCAUCAGGAAAACCCUAGAAUAAGAUGAAAAGCUUUCAAAAUGUCGAAAGUAAAGCCAGAAGACGAAGGAAUGAGGAUCGAGUCCUAAAUCCUCGCCUUUUAUACCCCAAAUUUGAUGAUUUUCAUGGCCAACGGCUUGUUUUGAUGACGAUUUUGCGCCAAAAAAGGGGUUUUUGGCCGGAAAAAUCACCGAAGGGUCCAAAGUUCAUAGUUCAGUGAUUGAAAUGAACUUUGGACUGAACGUGGCGGGAAAAUUGGGAUUUGAAAAUAAAAUUUGAAAAAAAAAUUAAUUUUUGGGGAGCUGAAAUUUAGGUAAUAAACUUUGAAAUUUUUAUAGAGGUUAAAAAUUUUUAAAUUUUGGUAGCAAAAUUUAUUUUUGGUAUCAAAAUUUUAGGUAACAAACUAUUUAAUAUACGACUUUAAAAUAGCAAAUAAUUUAAAGUUGAAAAGGAAUUUUAGGUAACAAAUUUUAAAAAAAAGCGUUUGUUUCAGAUUCCAGUGAUUCCGACGAUCCAAACCGUCUUCAGACGCUAAUAAACCGAGCAAAGAAGUCGGCUUCUAAUAAGAAACAACCUCAUUUUACAGCUACAGUGUUUGAAAACAUGAAAUCUUUGGAGAAACCAGAAGUUGCCGAUGAUUUUUACGAUGAUUCAGUUCUAGAAGGAUUUGUUUUUCCUACAGUGGAUGCUUCUACAUCACAAAUGACUUCUGAAUAUGGUACGACGUCAAAGGUUUCUUCUGGUACAGCUACAAGUUCUAAAUCUUUAGCUUCUAAGACUGCCAAAGGUGGUAAAGCUUCUUUGUUACCUAAAAAUGUGGCUACAAAGGGACGGCCAAAGAGAGCGGCCAAGAAGGUUGUGCCUAAAGUAAUGCCGACAUAUCAGGGACCAAAUUUGAGUGAAGACAGUGAUAGUGACUAA